AUGGCCUCCUCUUCCUCACAAACGAGUGCCGCUUCGCAGAAACCCAUCGCCAUCGUCGGCAUCGCUACCGAGCUCCCUAGUGGCUCGGCCGCUGAAGAUAACCUAAGCCACGAUGAAUUCUUUCGUUUCCUGAUGCAACGCUGCGAUGCCUACGAGAAGAUACCUCAAAGCCGAUUCAACGUAGACGCAUGGAAGGGCCGUGGUCUCGGAAAGAUCAUCACGGACACGGGCACGUUCUUGAAGGACGUCGACCUGUUCGAUCACCUCGAGUUCGGAAUCACCGGCAAGGACGCCAAGAGCAUGACCGUCGGCACCCGCAAGCUCAUCCAGCUCGCGUUCCUCGCGCUCCUCGAUUCGGGCAUCGACUACCGAGGGCGAAACGUGGGCUGCUUCGCCGCCAGCCUUCCAUACGACAUCACCGCGCUGGGAGACGCAGAUGAGCUAGAACUCCGGGGCUCGUUUGCCGGCGCACCGUGCAUGGCCGCGAACAAGAUCUCCUACCAUUUAGAUCUCCUCGGCCCCUCGCUUCCUACAGACACCGCAUGCAGCUCGAGCAUGACCGCGUUCCACCUCGGAGUGCAGUCCCUCCGAGCGGGCGAGUGCGAAGCCGCCGUGGUGGGCGGCUGCCAGAUCAACGUCCGGUUCGUCGAGUGGUUCCAGUAUAGUCAAGGAUCCAUUCUCUCCCCUGACGGGCGGUGCAAGCCGUUUGAUGCGUCCGCUAAUGGGUUCUCGCGCGGUGAAGGCGGUGCGGUCGUGGUUAUCAAGCUUCUCGAGGACGCGAUCCGAGACGGCGACAAGAUCCACGCCACGAUCUUGGGGACCGGGAUCAGCGCGAACGGCUCGGCCGCACCCGCGUACGCGCCGGUCGCGGAAGGCCAGCGCGAUGCGAUGCGGCGCGCGUACCAGAGCACGACCCGAUCGCCUUCUGAGGUGAGCUACGUCGAGAUGCACGCGACGGGCACCGCGGCCGGCGAUCCGAUCGAGGCAAACUGGGUCGGGGACGCCUUCAAGCGGGACGACGACCUCCUCGUUGGCAGCGUCAAAGCCAACAUCGGCCAUCUCGAGAUCACCGCCUUCCUCGCAUCGCUCUCGAAAGUGUGCUCGAUCUUCAAGCACAAGGUCAUCCCGCCGAGCAUCAACCUCGUCAACCCGAACCCGUCCAUCCACUGGGACGAGUACCGCCUCCGCGUGCCGACGGACGUCGCGCACCUCCCGAGCCCGAUGAACGGCAAACCUCCCCUGAUCUCGAUCUGCAGUUCGGGCAUCGGCGGCGCGAACGGCCACGCCGUGCUCGAAGCGCCUCCGACCCCGCCGCCCACCUACCGCGUGCCCGCUAAGGCUCGCACCCCGACGCUGCUCCUCACCGGAGGCCUGACGCCACGAUCUGCGGCGCAGAUCGCGACGGAUGUGGCCAAGCUCGCGGAACAGAGCUCGGACGUCCAGGCUCUCGCGGCUCUGUGCGCUCGCCGGUCCCGCCAGAUGCUGUGGAGGUCGUUCUCCGUCCGUCUUCCCGACGGCUCCGUCAAGGUUCCCUUCGCGGCUCCAACGUUCGUACAGCGUGCGAGGUCGCCCAUUGUAUACGUCAUGACCGGCCAAGGCCCACAACACCUGAAUAUGGGGAAGCAGCUUUUCAAUGAGUACCCCGUUUUCCGUGGAAGCGUCCUCGCCAUGGACCAGACCUACAAGAAGGUCACCGGCCUGUCCCUGAUCGACGACAUUGGCCUCUUCGGCGACGCCGCCGGACGCGACCCGCUCCCCGACACCUGGCCAAUCGAGCUCACUCUCCCCGCCCUCGCCGUCUGCCAGGUCGCGCUCGUCGACCUGCUCGAGAGCGUCGGCGUCCGGCCGGACAUCGUCAUCGGCCACAGCGCGGGCGAGACGACGAUGCUCUACGCCGCCAAGGCGUGCUCGCGCGAGAUGGCGGUCGAGCUCUCGAUCGCCCGCGGCGUCGCGAUGGCCGUCGCCGCGAGCUGCGACGGCACCAUGGCCGCGGUGUCGUGCGGCCCGGACCAGGCGAACGAGAUCAUCGCGCGCGUCUUGGCCGGCGCAGACCCGCGGGGCAAGCUCGAGAUCGCGUGCUACAAUGCACCGGAGGCGGUCACGCUCGCGGGGAUCGUGAAGUACGUCGACCAGGCGGUGGAGGUCGCGCAGGGCAUGGACAUCUUCGCACGCAGGAUAAGGACGCACAUCCCGGUGCACUCGUCGCUCAUGGAGGUCUGCAAGGAGCAGUACGUCAAGCAGGUGGAGGACGUGUUCUCCCGCUAUGGUGGCGCGUGCUCGCCUCAAACGCAGGUGCAGAUCUGCUCCUCCAUGACGGGCGCGUUCUGGGACGGGGGCGCCAUCACGGCGGACUACUACUGGCAGAACACCCGCCAGCCCGUGCUGUUCGACCGGGGCAUCGCCGCCAUCCUCGACAAGUACCCCACCGCGAAGUUCGUCGAGAUCAGCCCACACCCCGCACUGUCGUCGUACGUCAUCAGCGCGGGCGUCGACCCGAGCUUCAUCGUCUGCCCCAUGCGCCGGUCGAAGAUCAUCAAGGAGUACGACGAGGCGUCUUCGUUCUUGAGCUGCGUCGGCCAGCUUUCCGUGCUCGGUAUCAACUCUAUCGACAUGGAGGCCUUGACCGGCCGCUCGUUUGCGUCCAUUGACCUGUCCUUGCCUGCCUACCCAUUCGCGCCCAAACGCAUUCCGCUGUAUCCGGAAGACUCGAAGAUGGUGGCCAGGUCGAGGAAAGCGCGCCACGCCCCUUUGACCGGAAAGCGACUCCGCGUGAGCGCGGAGACCCACCCGGAUCUCGCCCAGCAUAUCAUUCGCGAGGAGCCCAUCAUGCCCGCCGCCGGUUUCCUCGAAAUGGCAUUUGAGGCUGGUGCCCGCGAGUUGCGCGACGUGCGCUUCCACUCCAUGCUGCCGAUCCUGUCCUCGAAGCUGCUGUACAUCGACAUGGAUAUUGAUGGUCACCUUUGGGAAGUCCGCUCCCGGCUAUCGGAUAACGACGAGUCGUCUUAUAGUCAGACGAGGCGUCUUCAUGCGGGAGGCUACAUGUCCACGACGCCAUGCGGCGAAGCACCGGCCGUGGACGUGGCCGCUAUCAUCAACCGCUGCUCCGAGUUCAAGAUGGAAGGCGAGUUUACAUUUCACGCUCAGGACUACUCGCCAGCUGACCCUGCCAUAGGAUUCUAUGAGCAAUUGGCCACGUUCGCCCAGUACGGUCCCCUUUACCGGAGAAUUGUGGCAUGCUACAAAGGUCAAGACGAAGGGCUGUCUCUGGUCCGGGGCUUCGGGGACGACCUUGCAGAGUGGAGCGAUUACGUUGUCAACCCCGCGAUUCUCGACGCCUGCCUCCAUCUCAUGGUCCAUCCCGCGUUCAUCGGGAACUGGGAUCCCAACGCCUACUAUCUGCCCUCGGCCGUCGCCAGUGUGAUGCUGCACGAAUCAGACUCCGGCUUUUCGAUCCCAGACCAAGUCUACGCUCACACUAAGAUCCGUGCAUGGGCACCAGAUCAUAUCACGAUCGACUACAGUAUUCUCACUGUAGAAGGCCGGCCUCUCAUCACCUUAUCCGGGUUCGAGGUGGCGAGGCACGAGAUGGUCAUCACCGGUGCGCCGUUGGUUCGCUACGACUGCACAUUCGAAGAAACGGGCCACGUCGUCGACAAGGCCAAGCUUCACUCGGGACCGAGCACCCUGGACAAGACCCAGCUAUUCGAGUUCCGUCUCGGACACGAGAUGGAAUUGCAGACCGCUCUGAAAGCUGUCGACUUCGCUGAAGUGAAGACCUUGUUCUUCUACGCCAUCGAAGGGCCGAAUGGUGCAGCUGCGCGCGGCUUCGUGCGCUCACUCGCCAGGGAGCUGUUCAAGGUCACCACGCGCUUGGUCGUUCUCGACCCUAUUUGGUCAUUGGAAGAGGUGCCGUCCAUCAUCGAAGACAUAUUCCCCAUCGACCACCCGGAGCUGAAGGUUACCGACGACGGGAAAGUGCUCAUCCCGCAACUCGAAUCAUUGCCUUCCCCCACUGGACGCUCGUCACAACCCGUGACCUCGUGGGUACGCAGACAGGAGGGUAUGCAACCCGUGUCCCUCCCUCGCGCGCAGGAGAACCAGGUGCUCGUCCAAAUCACCAGCUGUUGCAGCGCGACCGCGGAGCUUCUGAGCUUCUGCGGAGAGGUCGUCGAGACCGGUUCGUCGCACCUUCCAGCUGGCACCGUCGUGCUAGGACUCUCCAAGACCCCAGUUGCCAGCCACGUGCUGGCACACGAAGACAACGUGUUCGCGGUGAAAGACCGCAUCUCGUCCGGACCUGCUGAGACGGCGGUGGGGUUGAUACACGCAAUUACAGUGGUGGGCCUUGCCUUCGGAUCGCGGGCUCUGGAGAACGCGUCACGUCUGGCUCGCUCUCGCGUGUUUGUGACCCAUUGCGAUACUCCCUUGGGUCAAACGGUUGCUUGGGCCUUGCGGUGCCUCGGAGCGAAAACCGAAACCGCAUGCAGCGUGCUGCGUUUAUCGGACAUGGAGACCAUCGCCACUUGCAACUACAUCAUAUCGGGGUCAACCGCGCCCGCGGACCUCCAGGUCCUCCGUAACGCUGCCGCUCCCUCAGCAACGGUAUUCUUAUGGAACGAGAUUCCACAAUAUCUCCUCCGCGAACCAUGGGCCUUCGCUGAUUCGUUGGCAGAACUCCUUCCCCGGCUGCCUGCUGCUCCCCCUGAGCUUAUGCUUCAGGGACAACCUCCAGCAUCCUAUGUCCAGGAUGCCGUCGUUCUUCCUCGGGAGACACUCUUUGACCCUAGGAAAGUCUACCUGCUUUUGGGUGGGAUUGGCUCUUUGGGAAUACAUUGCGCCCUGUGGAUGUACGAGAAUGGUGCUCGCGAGAUUGUGAUCACGUCGCGUUCGGGCCGGAAGUCUUUGGAACGGCAGAAAGAUAUCAACGCUAUGCGCGUGCUUAGCUACCUCGAAGGUCUCCAGGAUCUGCAUUUGCGCUUAGAGUCGUCAGACUCGACUUCAAGCGACCAGACGAAAGCGUUACUCGACUCCAUUUCCGCGCCGAUUGGCGGCAUCAUACUCAUGUCCAUGGUCUUGAAGGACAUGCCGUUCGGGGAUCACACGCAAGAGACUUACGAGGCUGCCGUGAUUCCCAAGGUCAAGACACUGGAAGUAUUGCAAGCACUCUACCCCCUUGAACAGUUGGACUUCUUGGUCGCGACAUCAUCUGCGACUGGCCUUUUCGGGAAUGCAGGACAGACAAACUAUGGGAGUGCGAAUACCCUCGUGGACGAAAUACUCCGGCCCUAUCGCAACGCAUUCUCGAUCACCGCGCCGGCGCUCCUCGAUACCUCUAUCAUGAGCAACGCGGAUGGUUUCGACCCAGAUGCUCGCCUACAACACUGGGUAUCCUGGGCGAUGUCCAGUCGACGCAUCUGCGAAUGCAUCGGAGACGGGAUUCGCCUCCUGGCCGAUCGAGAGCUCUGGCUCUACGUUCCGGACAUCGAUUGGUACCACAUGCAGCGCGACUUCGGCACCUCACACUUCUACGACCACAUGGUCAAGGUACCGGAAACCGCGAACCCGGUUGCGCUGGAGGAUCCCUCGGUUUCCCUUAGAGAGCUCGUGCUCCAGUUCCUGGAAGUCGAUCCUCAGGACUUCACGCCCGAGGUGCCGUUCACGGCGUACGGCCUGGAUUCGCUGUCCGCAGGAAGGAUGGCCUUCGCGUUGAAGCCGUAUCUCCAUGUCACCCAGGUCCAGUUGCUCGCGGACAUCAGUUUCAACGAUCUUUUAUCCCAUCUAGAGAAGUCCAAAUAG